GCUGAGCUCGCGGAAGAGAGCCGAGCCAACCCACUUCAGAGAUGGCCAGCUGCUUCGCGCAACAAAGCGCCGAGUGUCCGCUGCUGCGACUCCUGCAGAAGGCGAUCGACGUGUUGGCGAAUGGCAUCACCGAACUCUGCCGCCGCAUUCGCUCCGUCUUCAGACGGUGGGGCGGGAAGCGGCGCUGCUUCAGCGCGCAGGAGGUGGAGAAGCGGGUGAUGCGCCUGGCCGGAAACCGCCGCAGUCAGCUGGCGAAGGAGGUGCACGCAUUCGUGGCAGCCAUUCGGCGCAGGCCGCUGCUCCAGCCCGACGGCGACUGGAAGGCAGCCUUCGACGACACGCGCGACCAGAUGAACGCCACCAGGAACUACCUCGCCCGCAAGCUGGGCACGGGCGGCAGCGAGGAGGAGGAGGACGCGUUGGAGCGGUGCGUGCAGAAGCUGCUGUACGAGCCGGUGUUCAAGGAGCUGUAUCACCGCGCCAUGCUGGGCCUGUGGAGGGAGAGCUGCGUGCGCGACAUGGCGCUCAUGGUGCGCCGGCACCGGCGCGUCGGCGUGUCGCCCGCCUGGUUGGGCGCGCCGCCGAUGUCGCCCGCCGCCACGGAGCGCGUGCGCGCCACGCUGCUCAGGAUGCAGUCGGCGCGCCUGCCGUGCGACAAGCUGGACUUGCUCGCCACCGCCGCCGAGGACGCCACCAAGAUCGCAGAGGAGGAGAACGGAAUCAUCGUCAACUCUGAUAACUUGAUACCACUGAUCAGCUGGAUACUGAUGGAUAUCGGCAUGAUAUACGCCAUAAUCGAGGCAGAAAUGAUGCUGAAGCUUCUGCCACCAGAGAAGGCCCACGGAAAGGCCGGCUUCUACCUGACCAUUUUGUACUGCGCUUGUGUGUGCGUCAAGACGAGGCCGGACGAGCGGAGUCGUACAAUCACCAGCACCGAAACCGCGACGGCGGCCAACAAAAACAGUUGCGACGCAGCCGCCGUGUCGCUCUUCAACAACACCACUUGCGACGAAGCUGCGGAGGUAGGCGACGGCCGUGCGAGUGACGUCACGCCCUGCGACGAAAUCAACUCAGCUGUUCGGCCCCCCCUCGACGACGAUAUGCAGAAACCCGAGCCAGAUGCAGACAGUCUGGAGCGAGCCAGCGAGGGCUACUGUUCCGACCGCGAUCGCGACCGCGACCGCUCUUCCGAGCCGGUCGAGCUCGCAAAGGUCGAUAACGCUGACCACGACUCUUGUUUCGGAGACGACUGUCUGCUAUUCCAGUCGAAAACUUCGCUCUGCUCGUGGUCGUCGAACGUGGAUCUGGACGCUGUAUCUGGCACCAACGAUUCCGGGACGUGGAGUCUCUACAGGAGUUUCUCGAACCUCAGCACUGACUUCUCCGACGAAUCUCUGUACGAGUCUGACAUCGUAAACAAGAAAACAGCUCAGCUGGACAGCGCCGGCACGCUCUUCAGCGCCGUUCCGGUGUUACUGACUGCACCUUUGAUGGUUUAAGGCCGGUAUACUUGCAAAAUAUAGAUUCCAAGGUGUGCAACGACAUUGAAGACGUAAUUUAAGUUAUACUACAAUAAUUUUAAUUUAAUGCUAGAAUCGCGUGGUGCUCUCAAUUGUGAACAAAUUCGGCUGUAUGUUUAAGCUUCGUGCUUGCAUUUCAGUAACUAUCUUGUGCAAAGUAUUUUAUGUAUCUUUGGACAAAUCCGAUUACCCCAUUUGCGUCACUGUAAAAUUCUCCCAGACAAGGCUGUUUUUCGUAAAACUUUAAUUUCGGGUUUUUAGAAGACACUUAAAACUAUUAGCAGCAACAGAACGUCCACAGUAGCUCGUAAAAGAAACAAUGGCUACAUCUUCGAAAAGCUGUGAUAAUUUCCACUCAGGGGUAGAUUAGUGUUUCUACAACAUGUCCAGUCUAGCGACUUUAUACUCUAAUUUAAGAAUGUCUUUCGAUGUAAGAUUAUUCCAGAGUAAUUGAAGAAGAAGUACAAAAAUAAAUGUGCAGCAUAUUUAUUCGAUUAGUGUUAGUAUACUAGUUGUAGAAUAUUCGAGAAUUUAUGACAAAUUCCAGCUGGUGAUGCCAACAAAAUCAACAGGAUAAGACUAUCGUGAAGUAGGUGCUGGUCACUUUUUUCACUCCGUUGUCCAUGUAGUCACCUUGGCAUAAUAUAAAAUGACAGGAAAUAAGAAUCAUCAUUUUGAGAUCCUCGAUUUUUCAUUCUCUCAACAAAAUGAUAAGAAGUAGAAGGGAAUUAUUCAUAAAGGUUACCCUUAAUCAGUUUGAUUUCGUUGAGAAAAGAGUAGCAUUUCACAGGUGACUUGUCAUUGGGACAAGAUUUGUUUUGGUAUUUUGGAUUUACCUGCCUUGUGCUGCAGUUUAUAGACAUGUUAAUAAGACGUUCAUAGCGCUCUAUGGUACUGUACUUGUUGUAUGUUUGUACGGUGCAAUUGCUUUUCUACUGUUGUUACACGAACAAAUUUGUUGUUUUGUGGCUUCAGAGGCUACAAGAAGUAAGCCGUUUGAUAUGCCUGGCCAUAUGAAACUCGAAGCUUCCCUUGCUUGGCAAUGAAAAUUCACUAUUCUACGUGGCUGAGACGUGAAAAAUGUCACUAAUAGUGAAUAUCAGUUCAAGAAAGUAACAGCUCCUAUUCCUUUUCUGCAGACAAGGCGUCUUCCCCUGAAUCGCUGUUGAACUUCAUCCAGUGAGUUCAUAAAUUUCUGAUCUCAAAUCUACAACUAGAUUUUAAUUUUUAAUUAUUUUUAAAAUAAUGAGUGCUAGUAACUUGAGGACAACGCAACUUCAGCACUAAUAACAGUACACCAGAGUUGUACGUGAAGAUAAAUUUAGCAGGUACAAAUCUUAAACGUAAAAACGUUUACUGUUUUAGUAUUUUGCGCAUUGAUUGUUGCGUAGCCCUCGUAUGUACUUCAAAGACAACAGCAGUUGUUUGUUGAUUAGACGUAGGUUAAAUGUUAGCCUAAGGAUAGUCAAAAUAUAUAAAGAUACUCAUUUAGCAGUAUGUUUUCUGUUUUGUGUUGACACUAACAGUGUUCUGAACCUACUCAGUACCGCAGUGUUUCUUGUCGUGUGCAUUAACUUAUUGUUUUGGUGCUACAAAGCUAAUUUAUUGAUAUUUAUGGAAGACUACCUUCUGUGAAGAAGUCUACAUUUUAUUUUCUAUUACAUCCUUCUCUUUUGUACUGUAGUUGAUGCAAAAUAAAGCAGCUGCAAGAUA